AUGUCACACCACCCUGCGUCUCGUCUAUCGCAGAGGGCAACAACGUCGCUGAAAAAACACCAGCAAUGCUCUACGAGCCCACACGGUUAUGUCUCGCUCGGACUUGCCGACAACUCUCUGAUGCAGGAGCAGCUCCUACAGCGCAUGAACACCAAUGCCGAUGCUACAGUGCGGUGCCUCUCGUUGGGCGAUACCAUCACCGGACCUGUCCGAUUGAAGACUGCAAUCGCACGGUUCUUCAACCACUAUUUCCACCCUGCAAAGCAUCUCCAGCCCUCGCAACUUAUCACCACCAAUGGAGUGACCUCAGCAAUCGAGCAUUGCUCGUGGGCGAUCUCAUUCGGCAAAGACGUUUCCCUCCGGCCAGCGGCCAAGCUCGUCCCCGUCAGCUUCGAAGGCGGUGACCCUCUCAGCGUCCCCGCAGUGUCCCGAUACGAAGACACUAUCGUACGCUCCGGGGGGCAGGGCUGCCCUAUCCGCGCUAUCAUGCUCUGCAACUCACACAACCCGCUGGGCCGGUGCUACUCUCGUGACGAGAUUUACGCCUUGUCUGUUUGGCGACACGGCCAGGAUGAGACCACCUCGGUUCUCUCCAUCGAAACUGACGGCAUUAUCGACCCGAGUCUGGUUCAAGUAUUGUGGUGCGUCAGCAAAGAGUUCGGGUCGAACGGAUUGCGGCUUGAGGUGGUCAUUUCCCCGGGCAAUCCAGACUUGCUUGAAUCGGUACGGGACGUCGGCCAAUAUAGCUCGAUUUCGGGGUUGACUGACUCUCUCGUAGCGAUGGUCCUCGAGGAUGAAGAGUUUAUGGACGGCUAUACCAGAGAGAAUGGCCAAAGAUUGGCUGAAUCUUAUGCUUAUGUGGUUACAUUCCUCGACGCCCAUGGGAUCCCUUUCGCUCGAGGGUCGAAUGCCGCCUUUGACGUCUGGUGUGAUCUGUUGACGCCGUAUCUGAGGAUUCAACCUGGUUAUUCACCCGAAACCAGCGACGUUACGACAAGAGAGGCCUCUGGCGAACUGAUGCAGAAGUUGAACUCAUAUAAGCUGCAUCUUGGGAACGGCGAUGAUUUCGGUGGUGAGCAGCCUGGAUGGUUCCGCAUCACGUUUUCUCAGCACCGCGAGCAGCUCGACGAGGGACUACAGCGGAUCGUCCGAGCUCUUCAUUCCUAAUCCAAGUUGAAUUAGGUUAUAUCUCCGGCUGGAAUCUUGGAUCUGGUUGAUUUACACCAAUGAUG